CGCGCUGCGCCGCCCGGCCGGGUGCAUGCAUUGUGGGCCUCCCGACAUGGUCUGCGAGACGAAGAUCGUGGCCGCCGAGGACCAUGAGGCGCUGCCGGGGGCCAAGAAGGACGCGCUGCUCGCCGCCGCCGGCGCCAUGUGGCCCCCGCUGCCCGCCGCACCCGGGCCGGCCGCAGCUCCCGCCGCGCCCCCGCCCGCGCCCGGCCCCCAGCCCCGCGGCGGCGCUGGGGGCGCGGGGCCGCCGGGGGGGCGCGGCGUGUACAUCCGUGAGUUCCGCGCGGCCGAGCAGGAGGCGGCGCGCCGCAUCUUCUACGACGGCAUCAUGGAGCGCAUCCCCAACACGGCCUUCCGCGGCCUGCGGCAGCACCCGCGCACACAGCUGCUCUACGCCCUGCUGGCCGUGCUGUGUUACGCCCUGACCCGCUCACUGCUGCUGACUUGCCUGGUGCCAGCCGGGCUGCUGGGCCUCCGCUACUACUACAGCCGGAAGGUGGUCCUGGCUUACCUGGACUGCGCCCUGCACACAGACAUGGCCGACAUUGAGCAGUACUACAUGAAGCCUCCGGGCUCCUGCUUCUGGGUGGCUGUGCUGGAUGGCAACGUGGUGGGCAUUGUGGCGGCACGGGCCCACGAGGCAGACAACACGGUGGAGCUGCUGCGUAUGUCCGUGGACUCACGUUUCCGUGGCAAGGGCAUCGCCAAGGCGCUGGGCCGCAAGGUGCUGGAGUUCGCGCUCGUUCACAACUACUCGGCGGUGGUUUUGGGCACAACGGCCGUCAAGGUGGCCGCACACAAGCUCUACGAGUCGCUGGGCUUCAGACACAUGGGCUCGAGUGACCACUACGUGUUGCCCGGCAUGACCCUGUCGCUGGCCGAGCGCCUCUUCUUCCAGGUCCGCUACCAUCGCUACCGCCUGCAGCUGCGCGAGGAGUGAGCACUGCCUGCCUGCCCGCCGCCCACCUGCCGCCCGGCCACCCCGUCCGCCCGUGCCCGCCUGCCCACCACCCGGGCCCGCUUGCAGGCACUCCCCUUGGCGUUUGUGGUGGGUGUUUCCUUUCCACCAUCACGCGGUUCUCCGGCUGGCUUUCUGGGGAGCGUGGGGCCGCAGCUCCUGUGUGACAUUCUCGGGACUGGUUGUGUGUAGCCCCGGCCCCACGCCCCUCAGCCCCCAAGCCUGCUGGGGCUGCGUCCUGAAGAGUGACAGCAUGGACCGCCACGGGCCCACGUGGCUGUUCAGCCUGCGCGUGGGGCCCCUCCAGGCCCACCGAGCACAGAGCCUCUGUGGCACGGCCCCCACCCGGCAGAUCCCCGGCCGCCAGCCAGGCUGUGGCCCCAGGAGACCAGACCUACUGGGCUGGCCGGCCAUUGGCCCGCGGGGCACCGAGCUGGCCACGGGCCCCGCUUCGCUCCGUGCAUGCUGAGGACAUGGCCUGGCUGCCGCAUGCCCACGGCCCUCUGCCCCGCCGCCCCCGCUCAGCCUGGGCCGACACCGGGCAGUGCCCCCGCCCAGCCUGCCAGCCAGCCGUGGCCGCCCACCUGCACUUGGGAAGGCUGGCCCUCCUCUCACCACCCCUGCUGCCCCUGCCCCAGCUCUGCUUUGACACCGAGUCACGAGUCACAUUUCUUUCCUUUUGGUCCCUGCCCCUCCCCCACCCGGGCUUCACUGAUGGCAUCAUCAUCCAGGUGUGGUUCCCGCAGCCACCUGUGGCCCAGCCUGGUCAGGGUCUUUCAGGAGAGCAGGGUGGGGGCGCAGUGGUGCGGUCGCCUACCCCCAGGCCCAGCUGGAUGAUGGUGGCCUUUCCCAGACCUCCCUGAGGACUGCUCUGCCUCAAGGCUCAUGGGCUCUGCCCUGUGAAUCUUCCAUAAGCCAGGCCGCUGCCCACACCACCGAGCCCACAGCUUCUCCCAGCCUGAAACCGACCUAUUUUUUAAUAAGUUAUUUAGACAGAAUAGCACUCUGCAUGACUUUAAUUCUUGGGACAAAAUGGUAGUUGAUACCUUAACACGCACGCACACACACACACACACACACACACGUGUGGUCUAGAAUAUGCACUAUUUCUGGCCCAGUUUGGUGGGGGUGGGUGGCCGGGUGAGUAGAGUGUUUCAGAUUUUGAAAUCUGGAGUGAGACCCUAACAUAGCACUCUUUCCCUCAAAGAGCAUUUCUGGUGGAGGCUCUGGGCUGCUCCCGUCCAGCCUCGACUUGUGGGACUGAGGUCAGCAAUGGCGGCAAUUUCCCUGCUGACCCUGGAAGGAGUGAGUGCUGUCCACCUUGGCCAGGAGGCGGGCGUGGCAGCCUGGCUGUGCUCCUGGCCUCUCCUUUCGGGGUGGGCGGUGGCGGUCAGGUGUGGGGUGGCCUGAGUGGGUGGAGGAACGGGGUCGUUGGCAGUGGCCACGUGUCCAGCUUGUGAGCCUGGACCCGGCCGUGGUGGCAGGAGGGCCGUUGGUGCCCACUGAGGCCCCUUUAUUUCGGGAGCUGGGAAAGGGGGGAUGGCAGGCAUUGUGGGCCAUGCAGCUGGGUCCCACGUAGGGACACAGAGGGGACAUUCUCAGGUGCUUCGGGAACAAGCAAAUGUGUGAAGCAAGCCCAGUGUCCCGAGGGGCCUUUCUUGCUGUCUGCAAACGAGAUAUUCGUAGAACAUUGUACAGACCCCGCUCUCCCCUGUACAUUUCUCCCUGGUGGCGUCCGGUCCCUUCUUGGGGACGGGGGUUUUGUAGACUGUACAGAAAUCGGCACCCUAUUUUCUUGCAGCUCUCAGAUUUUGUUAAUCUGGAUUAUACAGACAGACGUAAAGUGUUUUAGCAAAAUGGAAAACAAA